GAGUACAGUUCACCCACCAAACCUCACGCACACAGUAGUCCUUCAGCUCCUCUUCAUCAUCAUCGCAGGCCGGCAGACCCACCAGACCCGCAGCAGGAUGACUUGUGAAAUCCGGCAAGACACCGUGGAGGUGGAGGAGGUCGAACAUAGUCCUCUUGAGGACACCGUUGUGAGGAAAGACGGCUUGUUUCGCUCCGUGCUGCGCGGCCUCUUCUGGCCCUUCGGCAUCGUGGUUCACGCAUACCGCGGGUUUUGGUGGGUGCUGGGCUACCGGCUGCCGCAGGAGAGCGUCGUCGUCAGCCCCGCGGUCUGCAGUCCCGGACGCCAGAGCCUCACCGGCCGCAAGCGCCUCCACAGGGUCACCCGCAUGCUGAGGUCCAUCCUGCCCCGCUGGGUGCAGGGCGCCCUGGGCUACCCGGUGUCCAGCAGCAUUGGGCUCUCCCUCUCACCAGACAUUAGAGUCUCUCCAACUAAACCUUGUGGAAAGGGCAGCAAGAGAAAGCAGGAUGAGUUGGACGAGGAGGAGGAAGAGGAGUGUCAGACCUGGGUGGAGGCGCUCAAUCAGGAGCUCUCUGAUGAAGACGCCGAGGACGAUGCUGACUAUGAGCCCAGUUCUGUAGAGACUGAAAGUGAAGAGUACCGCUCACAAAACGACACAGAAAGCGACCUUGAGAUUCAAGGGAUGAACGUGAUCAUUGAAGACGUGGACACGGGCGUUGAGCUGUCCACUCCCAUGGAAGUAUCUUGCCCUGCUGUUUAAUGUGUUAUAUUGACUGUUGUAUGUAAUGUUUUUGUAUGACUAUAUAUAUUAAUUAAAUAAAACUUAUUUGCCUUGA